AUGCCCGAGACAAAAGCCCAAGCAGAAAAGAAGGAUCAGUCAGCGCCACCGCCUCAGCCCAAAGAAGCGCAUGAACAUGAAGAGCAUCAUCACGGCAAAGACUUUGCAAAAAGGGCCGGCCACGCAAUAACUUUUGGUGCAGGUGCCACGAUCGGAUCAGACGCCGUCAAUGGGAUUAUUAAAAACUUGUAA